UUCACACAGAAACUGCUUUCAAACGUGCGUCAAAUCGAAACAUUUUUAAACUUUUCCAACUUUUUUACUGAUACUCACGAAUUACAUAAAAUAUGGCUGGUCUAGUGGCAAAAACCAAAGCUUUAAUAACCACCGCUAAGGCUCAGGCUCGUCCGAUGUUUGAUGAGUUCAUGCGUUAUGCCAAGGUGGAGCUGGCGCCGCCAACUCCCGCAGACUUCAAAGAGCUGCGUGGCGCAGCCGAGAAGGCCAAGAAGGCUAAAGGUGGCCUGGGCAAGAAGACCGUCUCAGAGGUCUGGCUAGGCGCCUUGGUCUCUUUCGAGGUGAUCAGCUGGUUCUUCAUGGGCGAGGUCAUUGGACGUCGUCACUUUGUUGGCUACAAAGUCUAAGUGAAAUGGAACUACACCAUGUCAUCGUGUUUCAUUAAUUCGUUACAUUACACAUAUAUAUUUCAAUUGUCUCAAGCAUCAAAUAAAACUGCAGCAUUCACGGAUCAUAGGUU